CCCAAAAAUUUAAGCCCACCAGGGAAGAAAAAGAACAAAAAGUGAAAUUAUAUAUAGGACAAAGAGAUCAAAAUAAAGAAGUGAGAAAGUUCCAAGAUGGCUGCCCUCAUUGUACAACGCUGCAAUACAGCUGCACGGGCCGUGUGCAAGCUGUAUGUGGCCAGCACUGGUACGAACACAUCACUGCUGGCGCGAACCAUCACCACUACCAGCCCGGUGCAAAUUCAAAACAACAACAACGGCGGCAAAGGCAAACAGCUGUCGUCGGCCGACGUGAAGAAGAUACCGGACAGCGAAGUCAGAAAGUCCGUCUUCAUCUCCCAGUCGAACGAUAUCUACUCGAACCUGGCCCUGGAGGACUGGAUCUAUCGGAACUUUGAUUUCGCCCAUCAUCACAUCCUGAUGCUGUGGAUCAACUCGCCGACGGUGGUCGUUGGGCGCCAUCAGAACCCAUUUGCCGAGGCCAAUGUGUCGGCACUGAUGCGCAAUGGGAUGGAACUGGCCCGCCGGAACAGCGGCGGAGGAGCGGUCUAUCACGAUCUGGGCAAUCUGAAUUGUACCUUCUUUACGCCACGCGCUCGGUACGAUCGGAAGUACAACUUGAAUCUGAUCACCAGGGCGCUGUACCGCGAGUACGGUAUCAGUGCGGACAUCUCCGACCGGGACGAUAUCACCGUGAUGGGCAAGAAGAUCUCAGGCACCGCGGCUAAACUGGGUCAACCUAACGCAUACCAUCACUGCACCCUGCUGGUCAACUCGAACAAGCUUCAUCUGGGAGAAUCUCUGGUCAAAGACAACGCCGAAGUCAUCAGCAAGGCCACCGCUUCAGUGCCAUCGCCAAUCAAAAAUUUGACCGACGUGAACCGCACCGUCAACAUCCAGCAGCUCUUAUCGGCCAUUGGAUACGAAUUUCUGCGCACGCCGGCCACGCAACUGACGGAUGGUGGUCGUGACCUGCUGAUGAAACAGCUCGGUUUCCAACUGAUCAAUCCCACCGAGAAGUGGUUCCCCGGUAUCAGCGAGCUGCGUGAGAACUUUUCCUCCUGGGACUGGCGCAUUGGCAAGACGCCGAAAUUCUCCGUCCAGAAGAGCAUCCAGCUGAAAUCGGAGGGCGCGGACCAACAACAGCAUGAGAUGAAGGUCAAGGUCGAUGUUGAGAAGGGUAUAAUCCAGGAAAUCAGCCUGCUCGUCCCAGGGCAGGAACCGAUUCCGGUGGUAUCGAAUCUGGUGGGCAAACCGUACAUGGAGGACUGCUUCCAUGGCAUUUUGGACGCUAUGAAGGGUGCCAGCACCGAGAACCUGAAGCAUGCUAUGGGUUUUUGAAAUACCGGUAGUGCCGGUCCCGGUAACAGUCGUGACGAAUGAAAGCCUAUGUGACACAACUCUAACAAAAAAAAAAGUUCUAAAAAACGGCAAGUGCAAUGAUUCAUCAAAUUCCACAACAGAGCCGGCUGGCCGGGGUCGGUCGUGUAUUUUUACAACCAUUCGAGAAAUGGCCUUCGAAGGGUUAAAGUGUGUUGGUCAUUUAAAAUGUAGAUUUGCGGAAUGGAAAAAAAAACUAUCAAGGGGCGCGAGCGUAACAACACAAACAACACAGGGCGACACUUUUUGCGAAACCAUUCUCUUUAUCGGUUUUGUUUUUUUGUGCCACAUUUUUCUUUAUCACCUCGAUUCCCCACGCCACCCCAUUGUUCGGGCGACCGCGUGUAGUAUAAAAACAACUGUCGAAACAAAUCGACGGCAAAAUGAAGUGCUAAUCAUUUUAAAAUUUCGGAUGCGAUUCGCAUUCUAAUGAGGUGAAAAUUGGGAAGAAAAAGAAAAAGACUGACGACAACAAAUUAUUUAAAAUAAAUUUGAAACGAGCUUGUGUACAACCGCAUCGGAAGCUCCCCGAAAUUCUACUCUAGAGAGGAUUUUUUUUAUUAGGACCAAACAAAAAUUCAUAUAAUUGUGAUAAUUGUACCACAGAUUUAUGUAGCACUGGUUAAACAUGGUAAUCGCGUAAAUGUAUUACUGUUUAUAACAGUUAUGCAGUUAUGUGACAUUGGUUAAUUUUAUUAUCUUAACAGAAAAACAAAAUGAUCAAAAUUUCCACUGACAAAUUUAGAAAUCUUGAUUGAAGGAAGUUGGGAAUCAUCACCUUUUCAAUCCUUUCAUAUAGUAAACAUAGGCUUCUUUAUUAUUAGAGCGUAAUUAUAUUUACUUUGUUCUUAGCGAUUUUUUUGAUUUAGUUACAAAUUGGGAUGUGUAUUUCAUUCGUGUUUAGUUUAGACUGCUAAAAUUCUUAUAUUUAGGACACCGUUAGCCGUUAGCGUAAGCUGCCAAGAACGUUACUUUCUUUUCCUUUCUCCGCGUGGAAAACUAAGCAGAAACUUGAUCAAGAAUACAAACCAUAUCAUUUAUUUUUAGGAUGGGUUUCUUUGACGAACGCUUACUUAGAAUAUUUUUUUUUUUCGUUUAUUCUUUCACUAACACACACAUUUUAGUUUUUGAGUUGAUUCGUUUUUAUUAACAUUCAAAGUAACAAGAGAUCUUGAAUAUGUGGUCUGUUGCGAUGGGAGAGUUUUGCUUUUUGCACUACUGGUAUGUCCCUCCAGCACCACCGAUAAAUAAUUUGCUGAAGCUGAAUCUGAGUACUAAGAAAUUGGCCUGGCUACAACUCACACAAUUUCUGUUCUUGACUUUAUCGUUUAUCGAUCGAAGGCGGACUGUGCACAAAUUAUUAAAAGAUAUGUAAUCCAAUAACAUCACUAUAUACUAUUAUUCUGUAGACAUGAUUAACAACAGUUAGGCUUAGGUUUGACAAUACUAGUACCUUGUACGAUUAAUGUAUUAGAGCAACAAUAAUAUGGAAAAUGUUAUAAAAA